GGGCUUCAUUUGCUGUCUGUCGCCGGGACCGGGAGUGUCGCGGGAAAGCAACGGCCGAGGAUAGGGCGCUGCGCUCGGGCUACCCAAUGCUGGGACUAUCUGCAGCCGCUGCUCGUGCAAUAUGCUGGAGCACCAGAACAGCUAAACGGAGUCGCCACACCGCUGCCUGGGCUGGAUCGCAGCGCUGCCUUUCCUUAUGAAGAAGACACAAACUUGGAUUAUCACUUGCAUUUAUCUUCAACUGCUCCUACUUAAUCCUCUCGUCAAAACUAAGGAGAUCUGCGGGAACCCCGUGACUGAUAAUGUAAAAGACAUCACAAAAUUGGUGGCAAAUCUUCCAAAUGACUAUAUGAUAACCCUCAACUAUGUCACCGGAAUGGAUGUCUUGCCCAGUCACUGUUGGUUACGAGAUAUGGUAAUACAGUUGUCACUCAGCUUGACUGACCUUCUGGACAAGUUUUCAAAUAUUUCCGAAGGCUUGAGCAAUUACUCCAUCAUAGACAAGCUUACGAAGAUAGUGGAUGACCUCGUGGAAUGUAUGGAAGAAAAUGCACCUAAGAAUGUAAAAGAAUCACCGAAGAGGCCAGAACCCAGGCUCUUCACUCCUGAAGAAUUCUUUAGUAUUUUCAAUAGAUCCAUUGAUGCUUUCAAGGACUUUAUGGUGGCAGCUGACACCAGCGAUUGUGUGCUUUCGUCAACAAUAGGUCCCGAGAAAGAUUCCAGAGUCAGUGUCACAAAACCAUUUAUGUUACCCCCUGUUGCAGCCAGCUCCCUUAGGAAUGACAGCAGCAGUAGCAGUAAUAGGAAAGCCGCCAAGUCCACUGAAGACCCCGGCCUACAAUGGACAGCCAUGGCAUUGCCGGCGCUCAUUUCUCUUGUAAUUGGAUUUGCUUUUGGAGCCUUAUACUGGAAGAAGAAACAGUCAAGUCUCACAAGAGCAGGUGAAAAUAUACAGAUUAAUGAAGAAGAUAAUGAGAUAAGUAUGUUGCAACAAAAAGAGAGAGAGUUUCAGGAGGUGUAAUUGUGAAUGUAUCAACAUUGUUACCUUCGCACAGUGGCUGGUGACAGUUCAUGUUUGCUUCAUAAAUGAAGCAGCUUUAAACAAACUCCUAUUCUGUCUGAAGUGACAGCCCUCAUCUUUGUCUGGUCUUGCUACCCAUGACUUUGUAUGGAUGAUUCAGAUGUGGGAGCAGAGCGUUUGGCUGCGAACCUGGCACUGAAUUUGUCAUCUAGAAAGAAGAAUUUACAUGGAGCAGGACUCUGGAGGUUUCGCAAGUGAUGAUGGGAAGGAAGGAACGCGUGUCUAGUCCGCUUGCGCCAUUUGAAGGGCUUGGGAAAUGCCCACACAGCUUCAGUCUUCAGUUACAACCUGCAGCCUGUAGUUAAUUCUGGACCCUGCAAGUAGAUCUCAGCCUGGAUAUUGGGGGUGAGGGGGGACUUUUUUCUUUCACAAAGGGAUGUAGAAAACAGUUUUAAAAACAAUAAUUCUGUAGCAUCAGCCACUGUGUAGAGUUGAAAGCUAUGGGGGAGCAUGUUUCGUUUUGGGAAGCAGGCACAUCUGUUCUGUGGUUGUGAUUAGCAAGAGCAGCCGAAGCUUUGGCUCUUCCUGACCGAAACCAUGUGCACCACAUCCCGCCGGGAAAAUGGACAUGGUGGGCUGGUUCGUGCCGCAGAAGCAGCGCUGGACUGAAGUAGGAUGCCACGGUGUACGGAAGACUUUCCAGUGCAGACGCCGCAGAAGAGAAAGCUGUCGCCAUGGACCAGCGGAAGAACGUGCCAAGGAAGACAUUUGGCCCCUAGUGAAGCCGGUCUUUUCCCUUGACCGUCACUCUAGAGUGUGUGAUUCGUGUUUGCAAAACUAAAAGGUGACACGUUUAGGUUUAGAAACUACAGCAGAGCUACGAAAGCAGACUGGGGAGAAUAUGCUGAAUGUGUAAGGGUCCCGCUGGGGUUUUUUUUUUUUGUUGUUGUUGUGUUGUUUGUUUUGUUAUGUUUUUUAAUUUUAUCAUGGAAGAGAAUGAAAAUAAAUGAUGGUAUGUAGUACAUCAGGUUAGUAAUGCUCACUUAAUGCUAAUAUGGGUGUUGCAAACUAAGUAACUCGGACUGUCCAAGAAUGAGAGGAACGAGAAAACUUUAGUGACUUACAGUGUAGCCAUUAUCUCCUGCAAUUAGCCAUGUAGUGAAAAUCAGACCCUCUGUAUGCAUUAAGGUUUACGAAAUGAAAUAAAAAGAGAGCUGUAUGUAGUUACGCCUGUCAGUUUGCUACUUCAAAUGUGUGACAGCAUUUCUCCUAGUAGAAGGAAAUUGGCAGUGAACAGUGCUUUUUUUUUUGGGGGGGGGGGUUCGAGACAGGGUUUCUCUGUGGUUUUGGAGCCUGUCCUGGAACUAGCUUUGUAGACCAGGCUGGUCUCGAACUCACAGAGAUCCGCCUGCCUCUGCCUCCCAAGUGCUGGGAUUAAAGGCGUGCACCACCACCGCCCGGCGUGAACAGUGCUUUUAAAGAUCAGAACUUACAAGAUUUGAUGUGGAUUCCCCUGGUCCGUUUUUGUUUUGGUUUGAGUUUUAAUAGAACAAUUGGCCCAAAUCAAAGAAUAACUUCUCUUCUGCUUUUAUUUCGGUGAAGGGUCUUUUCACCUACCAUAGGCAUAUACAAAACUUCAAGAUUUCAUUCUAACUUAACCCUUGUAACAGCCUUAUUUGCCUUGUACUCAAACCUCCAGACAGCUGUUUUCAAUGUUCUUACGUGAAAGUGCAUGGGAACUUAACCGCUAGCAUCUCUCCUCUCUUGAACGUGCAUGAAAAAUUCUAGCUUACAUUCCAAGCUAGUCCAAAUACAACUCCAGUACCUGGCCGCUGCUCUUCUUCAUACCAAAGAAUUCAGACGGUUUCUUUAGUACCUAAUCUCAAACUUCAAGGUUACUCCAAUGCUAUCAUUCCCGCAACUUGAAGCCAAGUGCGUUGAGAUGUUGUAUUUGCCUGUUCAAGCCCUAAGAUAGCCCAGUAAUUAGUAAUAAACUAGCAAUCAAGUUAGUUACAGAAGGGACCUAUUUUGUUGUUUGGCAUUGAUUGCUUUGGGAUAAUAAUAGAUGUAGGUUAGCACAAAGCAUAGGUGUAGGUGUAUAUCGAUUGAGACUGCUGUUAUUUCUCAGUUUCGUGGCUUGAUUUCUUGCUCUGGAAGUCGCAUUUUGUUCAGGCUUAUGACAGUGCUGUUUACUGAGCUGGAGACUACAAUAAAUACAUUGGUUUUCAAAGCCAGCAGUUGGGUUUUAACACUCGAAACCACGGUCUUAAUCAAUAGUGUGAUUGAACAAAUUUAACAGACUAUAACAUCCGAUGUGUAUAGGGUGGAAGAUUAAAUAGGUUGGUCCAUGGAUUGCCAAUUCUUUUUAAAUACUAAGGUUCAAUAAAAUGCAUGAACAAUAGGAAAAUGCUGACCAUUAUUUUGAAUGCUAGCUGCUUGGACAUUAACUAUGGCAUAUCUGCUUUCAGAUUAAAAAAUACAUAUCUUUGCAUAUUUUAUUCCAUAUAUGUUCUGAAUAUUUUUCUUAAGAUAUGAAAACCUCCCAACUGAGAAGAUGAAGUGUAAAAUCACCCCGAAAGUGACCCAUUUUCCCAGGAGUUCUCUUUUGUAAUGUUUAAAACUUGGUUUUCAAUGUCGACAAUCUAAGAAAUCUGCAGAGUGUAAAUUGUGUUGGAAUCUUGGUAUCCCCCGGUAGAAAUGAAGCCUACAGCAGUACUAUCUGUGUGACCAGUGGGUUGUGCGAGGGGAGUCCUGGGUUUUAUAUUGUUAUCUGACACGCUUCUCACACUGCCACGUUGUAAUGAAUCAUAGAAACAAAAAGAAUUUUUCUCUACAAUAAUAAAAAAAAGCUACACUACAAAAAGUAUUGAGAAAAAGAGAAAUAUGUAAAAGAAUGCAACCACAAUGAAGUGUGUGCUUCUAGUUGAGAAAAAAGAACACAUUUCAGUGAACUUUCAUGUGCUUUGAAAUAAGCAGCAUGGCCUAGUUUGGUUCUGUAACUGAGCUGAAGUUAUAAAUGAGCAGAAAAAUCCCUUGUGGAAUAGUGAUGGUUGCUGCUGUGUUUCUACAGUGGGUUUUGAUUUUGUGAUUUAGUUCUGAUAUAGAAUCUUAGCUAUCCUAGACACAGUCUUGAAGGCAUCUAGUUUUCAAAUUAGGCAGUUAGGUUGCAUCGAGUGACUGUUGAGAAAGAUUGUCAGGGGACUCUAGGUUGCCACCUACGGAUACAAUAAUUCACCUCCCUCUUUGGAUCUCAGUUUUGUAUUUGUGUGUGGACAAGCUCUGUGGUCUCUCUUCAGGGGUGAGCCCUGACACCACACAAUUAACAAAACAGAGAAACAGCUGAAAACAUCCUAUGGAAAACAGACAACUCUGGCUUUCUGCGUAAGUGUUGGGCUGGAAGAAGUUCUUUCUGAUUUAGUUUCUAAUAUAAAUAGGGUCCAUUAGUAAAAGUGAAAUUCGGUUUUAAGUAGGGUGAAUUGGAAAAUCAUUUACACAUGAGAUGGCUUUUACCUUUGCUUCAGUAAAUGUUUGGGAUCAUCUCUGAGGAAUGAAAACCAGUAGUGACUUUUCAUCAGGAAGAGACACAAGACGGGGGUAACAUUUGGAAAUGUGUCUGAGUACGAGUGUAAAUGUUCUCAUGUUGUUGAAAGCUAAGAACAAAAAAAAAAAAAUGGAGGGUGCUACUAAAGAUCUUAGAUGCCAAGAGAUAUUUUCAAGCCAAUCUGUAAAUGAUAAUCUAUAAAUUACAUUUAAAGUUGAGAAAGUAGGACGAGAAUUUGGAAGUAAGCCGGUUUAUCUUUGGGAUGAUAUUGUGAAAGUGGCUCUAAAUGUAACCAAUUCAGAUCAAAAAAGUUAUUUAUGAGAUCUGAUUACACAACUCAUGUUACUGCCUUCCACUAACCAGUCUUAAAAUGCCUUUGUCAGAAUAAAAUUCACGGCAACUCUUUCGUAACAGGUGUGGGUGAGGAGCCAUCCAUACGAAGGUGGCUAUUUAUGGUUCUGAAAUGUUUGCUCUUAAGUAUUGGAAAUGCACAUUUGCCAUCUCCUAAUAUUUUCUUACAAUGCUGUUUUUAGAAAAUGCUUAAAGAAAAAAAAAACAGGUAUUUUCAUUUACUCCAUUUCUAGGGCAUAAGACUUCACUAAAUACAAAUUUGCAAUCCAGAUUCCUAUAGUCUUCUUCUCCCGUAGUCUAAGGAUUGGUGUGCGAUUAUUGUGCCCACCUGCCACUGUUUUUUUUUUGAAGUCAAUAGACUUGAGAAGUAUUCAGACAUUUAGAUGGCUUCACAGAUAUAUUGCUAGUUCAGUCAUAGAUUGGAGUUUGCAUAUUGUAAAUGUAAGUGUAUGUCAACACUCUUCUAAAUAGUUUAUGACUGAAAUUUAAUUAAAUAAAAGUUGUAAAAUGUGAUGUGUAUGUGUAUAUACUGUAUGUGUACUUUUUAAAAUAGGUAUAUGUCCUGACCCUUUUUAUACAGGUUUGAAUUUGAAAUUACAUUAUAUAAACAUAUACUUUAUUGUUCUAAAUAAAGAAUUU